AUGAAUAACCCCAAUCAGGUCGUGCCCUCGGGCCAGCACUACUCUGGCCGCAAUCGCGUGCCCAACAUUCAGGAAUUCAUGGCCCAGCUCGACCGCGAGAAGAAAGAGCGGGACGCUCAGAUUGAUGCCCGCCUCCAAAGCAACGACAAGGAUGGUGAAGUCACAGAACAUCAGAACCGCGACGAGAAAGCCGAGCGCAAGGAUGCUCGCUGGGUGCGUGAUCCCGUCACCGGCAAAGAUGUCCAGAUUCGCGACGCCAAGCUAGAUUACAAAAAGGCUGCCGAGGACCCUCAGAUGUCUAUCCCAAACGAAAAUCUCGGCAAGGAUACCACGGUGCCCAAGCCCGAUGGCAUGUCUGGCGAGGAGUACCGUGAGGCCAUGGAUAUUUCUGCACCACCCGACCCAGUGCAAGAGGGGGCCACCUCCGACGUGCCCAUUCGGAGCGAAAAGACGUCGGUCCUAUUCUACAACACCCCGUCCGUCAGCUACGAGCCCAUGUUUGAGAGCCUCGAGAACAAGGCCAACGGACUCUGCCUCGGCAUCUUUCUAGCCAUCGUCUUUGUCGGCAAGCUUUUCGGCGGCAGGCUACUUGGCUUGAUCCCUCUGGGUUUCUGCAUUGCCUCUGGAGUCUUCCUCUGGUGCAAGGAGCUCAUUCGCCAGGGCCGCGAUACUGAGUGGUCUAGCGAGCAGGCUCGUGGCGAGACCGCUACGGUCAACCUGAUUCCGGAAUCAGUGGAAUGGCUGAACACGGCCAUUGGCAUUAUCUGGGGCCUCAUUAAUCCCGAGGUUUUUGCUGCUGUUGGCGACACCCUCGAAGAUGUCAUGGCCGCCUCCGUCCCCGGCAUCAUUGAAAAUGUUCGCGUCGCCGACAUUCACCAGGGCAGCAAUCCUAUUCGCAUUCUGAAUAUGCGCGCUCUUCCCGACUCCCAUGUCCAGGAUAUCAAGGAAGACACCCGAAAGCAAAACGAAAAGACCAUGGACCCUAAUGAAAGGGCUGCCCUGGAGCAAGCUGGCGAGUUUUACAACAUGGAGGUGUCUUUUGCCUACCAUGCAAAGCCCUCUGGACAGGAUGUCGCCUCCAAGGCUCGCAACAUGGGCAUGCAGCUCGUCUUCUAUCUCGGUAUCCGUGGUCUUUUUGGUGUUCCCCUCCCCGUCUGGGUUGAGCUGCAAGGUCUGGUGGCCACUGCUCGCCUGCGACUGCAGCUCACACCCGACCCGCCCUUCCUCAAGACCAUGACAGUCACUUUGAUGGGAGUACCCAACGUCCAAGCCGGCUGCACUCCGAUGAUCCAGAGAGGCGUUAACAUUCUCAACCUGCCUCUCAUCUCCAAAUUUGUCAACUGGGCCAUCUCGGCGGCGGCAUCCAUGUAUGUCGCGCCAAAGAGCUUGACACUUGAUGUCAGCAGCCUGCUCACGGGUGAUGAUAUCAAGAAAGAUAGCAUCGCCAUGGGCGUCUUGUACCUUCGCAUCAACAAGGCAGUUGACCUCAGCAAGCAAGAUCAGCGCGGCAGCAAAGGCGGUGGCUCUGAUCCUUACAUUACCAUCAGUUGGAGCAAAUUUUCCAAGCCUCAAUUCUGCACGCGCGUGAUUCAGGAUGACCUGAACCCCUUAUUUGGGGAAAGCUGUGGUCUUCUGGUUACACCUGACAUUAUUCAAGCAGAUGAGCAACUCUCGGUGGAGUUGUGGGACAGCGACAGAUCCUCUGCUGACGAUGUUGUGGGCAAGGUCGAGCUCAGCAUUCAAGAGCUCAUCAACCACCCAGGAAAGGUCUUCCCUCAAGUUUCGAAACUCAAAGGAAUGGGUGCAGACAGCAGCAUGCCGGGUGAGCUGCACUGGGAAGUGGGAUUCUUCGGCAAAACGCUCUUCCGCAAAGCUUUGCGAACCGAUGAGAACAAUCCGAACUUGCCGGAUGAGAUCAAGAACAAGCCUGAUUCCCCAGAAACCCAGAACGCUGUGCCCCAGAAUGCCGAAGCUGAAGCAGCUCUGCACACACCACCUGACCCACUUUGGCCCUCUGGUAUUCUAAGUGUUGUCGUGCACCAAAUUGUCGGCCUCGAGCUGGCCAAUGUUCAAGGCUCAGAUGGCAACCGCAAAGGCAAAGAAUACGAACCAGCUCGCCCCGAGGCUGGUGAAGUAAAGGAGGCUGAAAACAAGAAGCUGCCAAGCUCCUACUGCACUAUUCUCAUCAACGACGACUUGGCUUACAAGACCCGCACCAAGGUUGUCUCCUCGCAACCCAUCUUCAAUGCGGGCACUGAAAAGUUCAUCCGCGACUGGCGUUCGUCGAUCGUCACCGUUGCUGUUCGCGAUGCUCGCCACCGACAACACGACCCGCUCAUUGGUGUUAUCCCUCUCAAGGUCUCGGAUGUCCUGCAAACCAGCAGCGAAGUCACACGAUGGUAUCCCCUCGACGGCGGCAUUGGCUUCGGCCGCGCCCGCAUCUCGCUUUUGUUCAAGUCUGUGGAGCUGCGCCUCCCACCCCCCGAGAUGGGUUGGGAUAUUGGCACGUUCGAGUUUACGUCCGACAAGAUUGAGACAGUAGGCUGGGCGCCAGCCUCCAAGGCUAAGCUGCGCCUCCGUACCGGUGGCUCGACGGCCAGCGUCAAACGCUCGUGCUCAGCCAAAGAGGACGACAGCAUGACAUUCGACGUGAGCGGCAACGGCCACAGCCAAGAAAUCCGACUGCCCGUUCGUCACCGCUACAGGUCCCCUGUAUUCCUCGAGUUCAACCCCGUUGGCAAGAGGCAUUCGGAAGCGUAUGCUGCUGUCUGGCUGAAAGACCUGAAGGAUAGCGACGAGCAAGACUUUGAUGUGCCGCUGUGGAAAUGCAACAAUUCCCUCCGUCUUUCGCAAAAUUAUAUUACUGAAGAGAACUUCAGAGAUGUUCCCGAUAUCGACAUUGAAGAAAUUGGCCGCGUCAAGUUCCGGGGCCGCUUUUCGCCUGGUACUGACUCUGACCACAUUCGCUUCGUCAGUGACAACGACUCGCGGGAGACGAUUGAGGCCUGGGAAGCUUGUUAUGCCGAAGGUGUUCGUGAAAAGGAAGUCAAGGCUGAAGUGCCACCGCUGACCAAGGAGCUUCACGACAACUCCUUGACGCAAGGCCGCGAUGUUCUGGCGCAGGCUAAUGAGGGCGAGCGCAAGAGGUGGUUGGCCAAGGACGGCACCGACUGGAGUCAGGCUUUCGGCGAAGACCCUACUCAAGCCAUGGCUGGUAGCAAGAGCGUCAACGGCACUGACGACGAAGAUGACGACGAGAAUGACUCUGACAGCGAUGGCGAGACCAGUGGCAGCUCCCGUCCCGUAACCGGCGUGUCGGCCGGGACCUCGGACGUGCAUCCCACUACAGCAGCGGGGAGCAGCUCGAUGAAUGCCGUUGACGGCCGCGUAUCGCUCGAGACCACCGCGACGGCCGCCACGGGCGCGAGCGACACGUCCAAGAAGAGCCACGGGCCGAUCUCGGCGCUCAAGGAAUACCGCGAGAACAGCCGCGACUUGCACCGCAAGCAGCGUGGGCUGAUGCAGUGGCGGCCGAUGCGCAAUAUCCAGUUUGCCAAGGACGAGGCUAAAUAUCUCGCACGCAAAGUGAAGAACAUAACCGCGCUGGACGGCCGCAAGCCAGACGUGGAAACGGAAGUUUAA